AUGGGAGUCGAGAAAAUGGGAAUGGAAGACGUUGACUCUGCUCUCAUGGAGAAGGGCCAGAAGUCGCCAGCGCCCCCUGCUCCCAACAGGUAUGAGAGGGUGUUCCAGCCCUGCCUGGCCGAGCUAAUUGGGACCAUGUUCUUCGUUUUCGUCGGCUGUGUGUCGGUCAUCGAGAACGUGCCUGCAGCUGGACGCCUGCAGCCGGCUCUGGCGCACGGACUGGCUGUGGCUGUGAUGGUGGCGGUCAUGGACAACAUCAGUGGCUCCCACUUCAACCCUCCCUUCACAAUUGCCAUUUACCUGUGCGGAGGAAUGGAGCUGAUGAUGGUGGCACCUUAUCUUGCCUGCCAGGUGAUUGGAGGAGUGCUCGGAGCGGGAAUGUCCAAGAUGAUGACCCCCGCAGAUCGAUACUUAAACGCCACAGGAGCCGCGUUCGAUAUCCUCAAGUCCGAGAGCCAGCUGUCCGGGGCCAUCUUCGGGGAGGUGGCCAUGACCUGCCUGAUCACCAUGGUGGUGCUGCUGGUGGCCGUCAACCACAAGACCAAGAACCCACUGGCUCCCUUCCUGGUGGGCUCCACUGUCAUCAUCAACGUCUUGGCAGGAGGUGAUAUAUCAGGGACGUGUCUGAACCCAGCCAGGGCUUUCGGCCCCGCCGUGAUGACCAACUACUGGACCUACCACUGGGUCUACUGGGUGGGACCCAUAGGAGGAGGUCUGGUGGCUGCUGCUCUGCUCAGGCUCAUCCUCGGUGACGACAAGUUACGAGUGGUUAUGAAAUCAUAA